AUGUCUGGCUUUGACCUCAACUACUGGAUCGGCUUUAUUCUCUCUGCUGUGAUAUUCUCCAUAUUCUUGUAUGGCAUAUCCAUAGCGCAGACGCUAUACUAUUUCAGGCACUAUCCGGAAGAUUCACGACUGCUGAAAGCAUACGUAGUUGGUCUGCUGUAUGUGACAUGUCUACAUCCCACUAUGAAUGGUCUUCACGAGUGCAUUGGUAGUUUACUUGACUUUGGGAGGACCAUUCUCGACAUUGCGCACUAUAUGGAGGCGUAUGUGUCUAUGGUCACUAUCACAUAUGAAGUUCUAGAAGGCAGCCGAUUCCGCAAUGUGUCUACACUGUUGGGGAUUGUAUUGGCAUUAUUGGCCUUUGGUUCGUAUGCUCUGCUGCUGUCUCAAAGUCUCCCUGACGAGCUGCCUUUAUCAGCAUGUGGUGUAGGUGAGUACGGCGAGACCUACGCGUACACAAUUAUCCCGAACAACUUGGUGGCUGGAGUACUAGGAUUGGCCGCGUCGUUUGCCGCCGAUGUUUAUAUCACCGUUGCCUUGUGUAUGGUGCUACAUGAGCGCAAGACGGGGCUUGCACGCUUAUUCCAGCUUGCCUCUUGUAUAUCGGUGAGGACGUUAUGUGGUCAAGACGCGAACAGCUUGCUCAAGAUGUGCAUGUCGAUUAGUUCGGGGCAGGAGUCCAUAGCGAAGCAGUACCUUCGGUACUCACUAUCAUUCCUGGAAACUCGAGUAUGCGUCGAGGUUUUGCUUGCCGCGCUUAUACUGGAUCUCAUGGCGAUUGACAGUCUACGUAAACUCAAUACUUGCAUCGGGGAAGGGAACCUGCGUCAGGCUUGUGCAAUGUUGUGCAUCAGCUUCUACAUGGUGAACGCGCGCUCAACAACAGCAACAGCAGCUACACCGCCCUACUCGCCGCAAGACCAUACACGUAAAGACGCGAUGACCAUCCUUAUAACCGGCGCCGCUGGACGCACCUCUGGCUUCGUACUCAACGCGCUCCUCCAGUCCGGGCACUCCGACCUCCGCCUCUUCGUUCGCUCCGACUCCGCCAUCCAGAAACUGCAGUCGCGGUAUCCCGAGCUCCCACGCUCUGCAUUCGCCGUCGGCGACUAUCUCGAGGCCAGCACCCUCUCGCCCGCGCUGCAGGGCAUAGAUGUGGUGUUCCACAAUGCGCCGGCGUUCCAUCCCAACGAGAUGGCGAUGGGCGUUGCACUGGUCGAGGCAGCGAAGCAGGCGGGCGUGCAGCACUUUGUCUACUGCAGUGUGCUCUUCCCGAUUCUGACCAAGAUGCUCCACCAUAAGGUGAAACGCGAGGCGCUGACAGGCCCGCAUAGCGUUGAAGAGUAUCUCAUCGAGUCUGGACUCAACUACACCAUUCUCGAGCCGACCUCUUUCAUGCAAAACGUCGACGUUGAAGCCGUGCGUAAGUCCUCGACGCUGCGCGCGACCUACUCCUUGAACACGCUGCAAGGCUACCUCGACCUCCAAGACCUCGCUGCAGUCGCGCGCACGGUCCUGCUCGACCCCGCGCCGCACAACCGCGCACGCUACGAGUUAGUCGGGCAGAACUGCACGUUCGAGGACCUCGCACGCAUACUGUCGGCGCACCUCGGGCACGAGGUUACGGUCAAACGCAUCAACCGCGAAGACGUGGUGACGGGGAUGCACGUUGUCACGCAGGGCGACUACGCGGUGGAGACGCUGGACAGGAUGCUGUACUAUUACGAUAGGAGGGACCCACAGCCGUACACAGCCAGCCUUUGUAUCCGUCACCACUCCGGCUCUGCAUCUGCAACCGAGCCCUGCGCGAGCGGGACCGCGCAACGCCGCACCGGGGCACCCCCUCCUGCAAACUCCGCGCCUCCGCAGGCGCCCGUACAGACUCAGACCUUCGUCAUAACGACGCCCAUUCAAGCGCAGCUGCAGCUCUCAACCCCGGUACUUGCCACGCCCCCGAUGCUUGCGCCCAUUAACUUGGUUCCGACGCCCGCUCAAGGACCAGUCACCGCGCAGCUCGCCUCGGUUGCCCUGCAGUCGCCGGUUCAGGCCGCCGUCCCAAUUCAAUCCUCAGUACCUACCUCCAUAUACGUGACUCCGCCCAUCGUUUCUGUUGCGUUACCGUCCAACUAA